AUGCAUGAGACAGGCACUCAAAGGCAUCCUAUCGCCAUAGUGGGAAUUGGGUGUCGACUUCCGGGUGAGGUUUCUACACCUUCACAAUUAUGGGAGCUUCUGCUCGAAGGCAAGUCUGGACACGGGCCAAUUCCUAGCUCGAGGUUCAACGCAGAUGGCUUCAUUCACUUGAAUCCUGACCGGCCGGGGAGUAUUCACUCGAAAGGGGGAUACUUCAUCCGAUCCGACAUUCGAGCGUUCGAGAACACGUUCUUUGGGAUCAACAAUCUCGAAGCAAGCUCAAUGGACCCCCAGCAGCGCAAGCUGCUGGAGGUGGUCUACGAAUCCUUUGAGAGUAGCGGUUCCCGGCUAGAAGACAUCAGUGGCUCGAACACGGGAGUUUUUGUAGGCAACUUCACCAACGACUACAUGGUCAUGCAAUAUAAAGACCCAGAGUAUUUCGGGCGCUACAGUGCGACCGGCGCAAGCCCGACAGUCUUGUCAAACCGUAUCACGCACUGCUUCGACCUGCGCGGACCGUCGGUGGUCCUGGAUACCGCGUGUUCAUCAUCCCUGUAUGCGCUGCAUUCUGCGUGUCUCUCUCUUGAUGCACAUGAUUGCAAUGCCGCCGUGGUUGCAUCUGCCAACUUGAUCCAAUCGGCCGAGCAGCAGAUGAUUGCCGUCAAGGCAGGCAUUCUGUCGCCGGAAGGUAUCUGCCACAGCUUCGACGAAGCUGCAAAUGGAUAUGGACGAGCAGAGGGUGUCUCUUCUCUGUAUCUGAAGCGACUCGAUGACGCCAUUGCAGACGGAGACCCGAUCAGAGCCGUGAUCCGGGGAACAGCUGUCAACGGUAACGGGAAAACGCCGGGAAUUGUCCAACCCAGUGUCAAGGGGCAGGAAGCGGUGAUGAGAACGGCAUAUCGACGUGCAGGACUACAGCCUGACGAAACGAGCUAUGUCGAGCUGCAUGGAACCGGCACCAAGGUUGGUGACCCCAUCGAAGUGGAAGCCGUUUCUCGUGUAUUCCAAAAUCGCAGUGGCGCGCCAAUAUUCGUUGGUGGCGUGAAACCCGCCCUUGGCCACAGCGAAGGAGCGAGUGGCAUCUCCAGUAUCAUCAAGAUGGUCCUUGCGCUUGAAAACGGUGUCAUCCCAGCGACUAUAGGCGUGGAAAAGGUCAACCCCAGUAUCAAGCUCGACGAGUGGAAUGUGGAUAUUGUCCGAGAAAAUCGGGCCUGGCCACCCAGUGCAGUUCGGAGAGUUGGCGUCAAUUCUUUUGGAUUUGGCGGAGCCAAUGGACAUGUCAUUAUUGAAGCUGCUCCUAGAAACGAUAAUUUGGUGCAUCAAAAAGGUCAUACGAAUGGAGUUUGUCGGAUUGGAAAGCUUACGGAUGAGCUUCAUGAGAAUGGACAUGGUGAAAAUCUCGAUCCUGUCGGCAUCACUCUCUUCUCUGCCGCUACCGAGGAUUCUCUCUUAAAACAAUUCAACAACAUUGGCAGGUACUUAACGGAUAAUGGCAGCCUGGUAAACAUCAAAGAUCUGGAAUACACACUCAACUGUCGUCGAUCGCGUCUAGCGACUCGCGGCUUUUUGGUGGCGCCAAAUUCCUCCUUCCAAAAUGAUCUAGGUCUUCUAUCUCCAGCAAUCCAGGCCGACAAAGCCUACGAGGCUCUAGGCCUAACUUUUGUCUACACCGGUCAAGGCGCUCAGUGGCCAGGUAUUGCCUGUGAAUUGAUUCACAGAUUCCCCUCCUUCCAAAAAUCCAUUCGCUACUAUGACGCAUGUCUUCAAGCGCUGGAUGAGGCCAUUCGGCCAUCCUGGACCAUAGAGGAGACAAUCCUGAACAAGGAUGCUAACAAAAUUCACCUUUCUGACCGCUCUCAGCCUGUUUGUACUGCUGUUCAACUUGCGCUUACCAAUCUUCUUCGUGACUGGAAUAUCAAGCCACAGACCGUCCUAGGGCACUCCUCAGGCGAGAUAGCGGCUGCAUAUGCGGGUGACUUUAUCAGUGCUCGUCAAGCAAUCCUAUGUUCGUAUCUUCGUGGCUUGAGCGUGUCCUUGAGCAAAGAGCAAGGAGGCAUGUUGGCAACCGGCUUGAACAGGCAUCAAGCACAGGAUGCCAUCGAUGAACUUGGCUUAAAGACAGCAAUUACUGUGGCUUGUAUCAAUUCGCCUGGGAGUACCACCUUAAGUGGUGAUAGCACGGCAAUCGACAAGCUUUUAAGUGUAUUCCAAGAGCGUGGUACAUUUGCUAGGAAGCUGAGGACUGGCGACAAGGCUUAUCAUUCUCACCACAUGCAUGCUGUUGGUCCAGUCUAUGAAGAACUCUUACAGCGUGUUUGGCACGACUCUGAGAUAAAUGGCAAAGCUAAUGGUCACUCUGCAUCAACAAUUCGCAUGAUCUCUAGCGUUACAAAAACAAAUGUAGCCGCUACAGAUGUUGCUACGCCUCAUUAUUGGCGCAUAAAUCUCGAGUCACCUGUAGAGUUUGAAGCAGCUCUCAGCUUAGCUCUAGAGAAUGGUCCAACUCACUUCAUUGAGCUCGGUCCUCACUCGGCUCUAGAGCUUCCCAUAAAGGAGACGGUGAAUAAAGUUAACGGAACUUCGGAGGGACACUUGUAUCAUUCUGCCCUGAGUCGUGGAAAAGACUCCUCUGUUUCCGUGCUGAGUCUUGUCGGUUCACUUUUUCUCCACAGGCAUGACGAGAUCUCCUUCCAGGCAAUUCUUGAAAGCGGCAGCGACUCCAGCCAUCGACCGGUGCAGGUUAUUUACGACCUUCCAGCGUAUCCUUGGGACUAUGGAUCUUCUUGCCCCUGGAGUGAGCCACGCACCGUGACUGAGUUCCGCAAUCGCAAAUAUCCCCGUCACGACCUCCUUGGAUCGCAAUUGCCAGGAGCCAGCAAGGCAAACACCACUUGGAGAAAUAUCCUCAAUGUCGAAGAGAUCUCGUGGCUCAAAGACCACAGAUUAGGCCCAUCAAUAGUCUUCCCUGCAGCAGCCUAUAUAGCCAUGGCCACCGAAGCGGUGUGCCAGGUGAAUGACAUACCGCUUCAUGAAUGUCCAGGGGUGACGCUGAAAAACGUCUGCUUCUUAAAGGCGAUGGACUUUCACAUAGAGCAGCGACCACAAAUUGAGAUAUUCACUGAACUGGAACCGCUUCGCUUAUCCAACACCACACUUUCAGCUAAGUGGUGGCGCUUUAGUGUCAGCUCCAUAUCACGCGAUCAGAGUCAAUCUACUACUCACGCCGUUUGCCUUGUCAGCAUUUCAAGUGGUGCGGAAGUACGCACAUCGACUCAACGUCGAAUCAAUCUUGACCGAAGCUUGAUGGAGCAGCAGGCUACUCACGUCUGGUAUAACAAGUUCACCCAGGAAGGUCUCAACUGGGGCCCACAAUUCGCAGUCAUGAAAGAUAUAUUCUGUGAUAGCGCACGAAAGUCGUAUGUAGCUACUGCCACAACGCAUCUUGUCCGCGAAGAGGAUGUGUUUCCACAGGGAGAUGGGCACCUCAAGUACAUCGUACACCCAAUAAACAUUGACGCUCUGCUGCAGACAGCCUUUGUCGCUACUACGCGUGGAUGGGCAAGGGAUUUGCGAGCUACCGUCCCGGUCAGUAUUGAGACAGUACAAAUAUCCAGCCCGGCUGAUUUGGACAUGAGCAUCGCACAAUCAUGGUUCAUUGAUUCGAAUUCAGAGCCAGUCGGGUUCGGUACAGUCAAAAUUGAUGCUGAAAUGAUCAACGAAAGUGAAAAUGUAUUGGUAAGUAUGAAGAAUGUUCGCGCCAUUCGAUUCCAAGGCAAUGCCCGAACAGAGACUCCCAAAGCGAACACGCCUCUAGUCAGGGUAGCGUGGAAGCCGGAUGUCACCGUACUCGCGGCUGGACCUAACACGGGUUUCUCACGGUAUCUCGACUGGUUCACGAACACAUAUUUCCGAGAGGGAAGCAUUGAAGAAUCCGAUGUUCGCCUCGCUGCGGCCUUGGACUUGAUUGCGUUCAAAUGGCCGAAUUCACGAGUUCUCGCUGUCGACUGCAAAACUGAAACUAUCAGUAUAUUCAAAAAUAUUCUCCGUGACGGUGAUAGGACGAGACGGUUCGAAACUUUUGAACAAGCUACAGUCGGUGAUGAUGGCAGAUUACACUCUAUGCACCCAGACUUUGAUUCCAAUAACUCCGCGGUACAGAAUGGCGUGUUAGAGUUCCCCGGAGAUGUCAGGUUUGAUAUAGCCAUCAUUUCAAAUACUGGUAAACCCGUCUUGCCUUUGGUACUUGACGCCUUAGCCCCGUCUGGCUACAUAAUCUGUCCUCAAGUUCUCAAGCAGAGCAUUGCACAAGAGAGCAGGUUUGAGAUUAUCACUGAACGCACCCAGCAGGCUUCUGCCGUUCUCAUGGGGAGACCAAGACCGGAAUCAGUUGCUCUUACAGCUCAGGCGCGUCAAAUCGUACUGGUACACCGCGGGCAAACGUCAUCAUCUUUAAAUAAGAGACUUCAAACAGCACUGUCAUCACUUUUCAACUUAGAAGUAUCAGUUCUAGGUUUGGAAGAGGUUUCUGAAGAAACAAUACCUCUUCGUGCUAUUGUAGUCUCAACAAUCGAGGCUACGGAACCACUCCUAAGCACAAUCAGGGAGAAGGAUUUGGAACGAGUGCAGGUUUUGACCAACAAGGCGUCGAAAAUUAUGUGGAUAACGAAUGGAAACCUUGUGUCAGGCAGUAAUCCAGAUCAUGCACUCAUUCGGGGCAUCGCAGGGCCGUUAAUGCUCGAACAGCCUGCAUUGAAAUUGCAAAUUCUUGACAUCGAUGACCCUUUAUCUGACAUCGAAGCCACAGCACAAAAUGUCACUUACGCGGUCAAACAUCUGUUUUCGGAAGCGGUGCAUGAGCCAGAACUUGCGCAGAAAGAUGGAAUCGUCCACGCUCUGCGAUGGGAACCUGAGAUCCUUCUCAAUGAGCAGUUCGACCUUAAGCAGAAUGAAGGAAUAACCGAAAUGACUCUUCGGGAUGUCGGCCGGGCUGAGUUGAGCAUCAAGAACCCUGGCCAGAUGGAAACUAUUCAUUUUGCCAUCAAGGAGUUCCAGGGUCUAUUAGCUGCUGAUCAUGUAGAAGUUCAGGUCAAAAGUGUUGGCAUGAAUGCUAAGGAUUUGUAUGCGCUUGGCGCCAGGGUGGAUACCAAAGACGCAUCAUGCUCCUGCGAGUGUUCUGGUGUGAUUGUCGCCGUAGGGGAAAGUGUUCAAGAUGUCAAGGUGGGAGAUCGAAUUGUUGCGAUGGCCCCCGGGCAUUUCGCUACUUAUGAGCGAUUCCCGGAGUGGGCUGUUUGUAAGCUCAACGACGAGGAGGACUUCAAUACCGUCUCGACAAUUCCGAUCGCGUUUGCCACCGUGAUUUAUGGCCUUCGGUAUCGUGCUAGCCUGCAGCCUGGAGAAAGCGUACUCAUUCACUCUGCCUCUGGCGGUGUCGGCAUUGCCGCUAUCCAACUGGCGAAGAACAUUGGCGCUGAGAUCUUCGCCACUGUCGGAAAUGAGGCUAAGAAAGAGUAUCUUGUGCAGACCUUUGGCCUUGACCCCGAUCACAUUUUCAGCUCUCGCGAUUCCUCAUUCCUCAGCGGUGUUCUUGCUGCUACUGGAGGCCGAGGCGUUGAUGUUGUGCUGAAUUCUCUGGUCGGUGACUUGCUUCACGAUAGUUUCAAGACCUGUGCGGAGUUUGGUCGGUUCAUUGAGAUUGGGAAAAAGGACAUAAUCGAGCACGGUAACCUGGACAUGGCCACGUUCGGCCGUAAUGUCUCUUUUAUAGCCUUUGACUUGAGUGCUCUUUAUAUCUCAGACCGACCAGCCCACCACAAAAUGUGGCACAAGCUCUUGAAGGAGAGCAUGGAGCUCGUCCGAACCAAUGUUGCUUCACCCUGUACGCCGCUUGAGGUAUUCGACGCAGCAAAUAUCGAAGAAGCAUUCCGGUACUUCAUGCGCGGCACACGGAUGGGCAAGGUUGCGGUCUCUUUCCAAAACAACGAAAGCAAACUCGCCGUACGCCCAGAUCGACACGAAUCUAAAUUCGACUCCAACAAGAGCUAUUUGAUGAUCGGUUGCCUUGGUGGGCUUGGUCGUAGUUUGACCAAAUGGAUGAUGAGUCGUGGAGCGUGUCGGUUCGUCUUCCUAGGCCGCACUGCCAUGGAUAAACCUGCUGCCAGGUCGCUCGUUGAAAACCUCCACAACAGCGGCGCGGAUGUAGAAGUGGUUCGUGGCGAUGUUGGAGUCCCCGAAGAUGUUGAGCGAUGCAUCCAGGCUGCCAAAAGCCCGAUUGGCGGUGUCAUCCAGGGAGCGAUGGCACUGCGCGAGACCAUCUGGACCGACAUGACCGAGGAGUAUUGGCACAGGGUAAUCCGUCCAAAGGUACAAGGAACAUGGAAUCUUCACAACUCUCUGCGCAAGGACGGCAGAGAUACACAGCUCGACUUCUUCGUCAUGACCUCCUCGACUGCAGGGACUAUCGGUGCUGCUACUGAAAGUAACUACUGCGCUGCAAACGCUUUUUUGGAUGCUUUUGCUCGAUACCGCAAUGACCUCGACCUGCCGGCCGUCGCUGUCGGGUACGGAAGGAUUGCAGAGGUUGGAUAUCUGCAUGAGCACCCUGAGAUCGAGAAUAUCAUGGAGCGCAGAGGGAUCCAGGCCAUCAACGAGGAUGAAAUGAUACAGAUCAUGGACCUCGCUAUUACGCAUCAGCAUCCGAACAAAUGGACACCGCGCUACGACCGCCUGGCCAACACCCACUUGCUUACGGGUAUUGACUUCUCCGGUCUACAGUGGCAGCGAGAACGCGGCUUCGAAGGCGAUAUUCACGUCCUCUCCGAUCCGCGCGCCUCUCUCUUUGCUGCAGCCUUUGAACGUAACUCUGCUGCAGCAAGUGGCAUCAAGUCCGCUUUAACAGACAGCCUGCCUAUCGAUGUUGCCAAGGCGCUGGCAGAUGGUGGCGUGGAGGCAAGCCUCCUGGACGCAGUACGAAACAUGGUUGGCAAGAAAAUUGCCAAUCUUAUCCUCCUACCUGUUGAAAAACUGCGUAUGGAUCAGAAACUAGGCGAUUUUGGCAUGGAUUCGAUGCUCGCGGCAGAGUUCCGGACGUACAUAUUCCAUGCUCUCGAGGUUGAUGUGCCGUUUAUGAUGCUGCUGGACAAGAGCACUACUGUGAACAGUUUAUCGACACUGGUUGUCGAAAACUUAAAGAGCCGACAAGAGGAGUGA